UUUUCUUCAAAUUUAGAAGUUUACAGUUCAGAAAAAGUGAUCAUUUUUUUACUGGUUUCAAUUAUAUUGCUUGUGACUUACAGUUAAUGAAAAUUGAGUUUAGUAAGAAAAUUCUAAUACUACAUAAAGUCAGCUAAAAAUAAUAUUUCAUAUAAAAAUGGCAGCUUAUGAAAAAUUAUGCAUGCUAUGGAAAUUCAGUACUUGCUCAGGGCUCCAUUUCCAUGAAACAUUCAUUCAAUGCAGCAUGUCUCAGAAGAGAUGGAUUAAUAUAGAUUCUCUGUUGGCUUUCACAUUAGGAGAGCUUACUAGUCAAUCACAGUGAUACCACAAUCAUUUGGUAAUUUUGCUAAUGAGGACAGGGGCCAAGUCCUGCUGCACAAUGAAAUUAGCAUCUCCAUAUAUACAUUGUCAGCAACAAGAAGAAUAAAGUGCUAGAUGACAUUAGACUUGAAAAAAGAGUGGACCAACACCAGCAGAUGACCCAGCUCGCGAAAUCACUGUCUGUGGAAAUGUCCAACUGGACCUCAAGCAGCUUGGAUUAUAAGCUCCUCCCUUCAGCCAUGGCUUAACACAAGGAAUCCCAGAGUUGUGACAAAUGUCUAGGACACAAUUGCUUAAGAACAUUUUCUACCACAAUUUUUCCUUUCACUCAACUUCCCAUUAUUAUGGUUGAAUACAUUACUACGUCAUCUUCAUUAGCAAUGACUUUUGGUAGCUUAGGCUUCUUGUGGAAGUUAUCAGUGACUGUUGGACAACUCAAGAUAACAACCUUCCCCAUUAUUGUGUAGGUUAUAUUGUGUUGGCCUGAAUUUUGACCUAAUAUUGGGUGAAAUCAGCAGUUAUCAAAAUUAAUUCAAAAGAAUAAUUUAACCCCACUGUGUUUAAUGAGUAAAUAUAAUAAAGGACUUUUUGAAUCAAAUUACUGAAUUAAAAAUGAACAUUUGCAUGAUAUUGUAAGUAAAACCUGAUAUGCACCAGUAAAUGUCAUCCACAGGUUUUGUAGAGCCGCUACAAAAUCCUAUACUGGCAUCCGUAUUAUGUCACCACUAGGACAAAUUGCAACGUACUCUACUAAAUUGCAAAACUUAGUAAGACAUUUCUGUUGCUGUGUGAGCCUUAUUGUGUAUACCCUGGAGGAACAGGAAGACUUGGUUCCGUUUUAAACCUUAGAUAAACAUUUUAACAGAAAUUCAGAAGAAAAGCAUUCCUCUGGUUUUAUGUGAGCAUUUAUGAGAAGUUUAGAAAACUUAUUAUCUUUCAUAUACAAGGAGAAGUUGCACGGGCUGCUACCACACGUGUCAGCUCAGCUACGGCGGAUGUUGACCCGCUUCUGCUAUUCCUUAUUUAAAUGACAUGACUAAGAGAGUGAAAACCGCUGCAAGUUUAUUUCCUGAGUGUGCCAUGAUGCAUUUGACUCGCUUCGCGCUACAGCCUGCUACACCCCGGAGGGUUUGUGACUGAUAGCAAAAGUAGAGAUUUUCAGCUGGGAUUAAUUUAAAGCACUACCAAAAUGGCCCUACAAUUUAAAGAGUCCUUCUGGGGGAAUGACUUCAUCAGCAACGUUGGUUAUGAAAAUCUUAUUCAGAGACUUAAUGAGGGUCGGCGUACGUGUAAGGAUGUGGAGGACCUCCUGAAAAUGAGAGCGUCGGCCGAGGAAAAAUAUGGCAAAGAGUUGGUCUCAAUUGCUCGGAAGGCGGGAGGUUCGGCGGAGAUUUGCACUCUGAGAGCAUCGUUUGAUGAAAUGAAAACACAAAUUGAAAACAUUGGAAACUUGCACAUUCAGCUCUCUGGGUUCCUGAAGGAAGAGGUGAAGAGAAUGGAGGAGUUCAGAGAGCGACAGAAAGAGCAGAGAAAAAAGUUUGAGGUCAUCAUGGAGAAGGUCCAGAAAACAAAAGUCUCUCUCUACAAGAAAACCAUAGAUUCUAAAAAGUCCUACGAGCAGCGUUGCAGGGAGGCGGAUGAGGCAGAGCAAACGGCUGAAAAGCUGGGUAACGCACCCACGGCCACUCCCAAACAGAUUGACAAGAUGAACAACAAAUCAAAGCAGUGUAGAGAAACUGCAGCUGAAGCCGAGAAUCAGUACAAGUCAAACAUUGAGCAACUUGACCGGGUUCGACAAGAGUGGGAGUCGACGCAUGUUGAGGUCUGUGAGAUAUUUCAGCAGCAAGAAGAAGAUCGCAUCAGUGUCAUAAGGAAUGCUUUGUGGGUGCACUGUAACCAGCUGUCGUUGCAGUGUGUCAAAGAUGACGAGUGUUGUGAGAAUGUACGGAAUUCGCUUGAAAACUGUGACAUCAUCACAGACAACAACAACUUUGUGGAGAUGAAAAAGUGUCACCUGACGCCCCCAGCUCCGAUUGAAUAUCAAAAUUACUAUGAGAAUAAUGCUUCUCUGCAGAACGGCAGUGCUGGAUUUGUAGAGGGAGUCAAGAAAAGGAUUUCAAAUCUGCUGCCAGGAAGCUGUACAUUUGGCUCCAAGCUGACCAUCAAUGAAGGAGUGUCAGAACCUCCUGGAACAUCAGAGGGUGUAUAUGCUUCCAUUCCUGGAUUACAGCAUUUCAACCAGAGCACCAACGAGUACAAGGCUGUAUACGACUAUGUAGCACAGGGGCAAGAUGAACUCUCAAUAUCUGUUGGGGAUAUUGUGGUUGUGAUACAUGAGGGAGAAGAUGGCUGGUGGACGGUACAAAGAAAUGGUCAGUCUGGUCUGGUUCCAGGUUCUUAUCUCGCUAAGGAAUAAGUUUUCAGGCCAGCCCAUUUUACAUGUACAUUUCAGAAUGGUUUUGUACCUUGAAAUCACAAAGCAUCUUUGUGCCAUGCAUGCUUUCAGAAAAGGUCUCCCUGACAAAACACAGCCCCUCCUGGUCGUAGAACAUAUUUCCAAAAGAAGGGCUAUUUUCUUUGUUCUUUACAAUCCUUUGAAUUAACGGUUGAUCACAACACACUGAACCACUUUAUGCCAAGAAUCCAAACUAAAGAAAUGUUACAUACAUACUGUAGAUCUGUAAAUAAUGGCACUUACACAUACAGCAGUUAGUGUAAACCUAAUAUAUUUUGGAAUCAUCUUACUGUCUCCUUCUCAAACUGUUGGCAACUAAGUCGUGCGGAUCUUUUGCACAGAAACACGGGACUAAAACUUCUUCGCACAAUUUAGUUCAAUGUUGAGUCUGAAGUUUUAAAGGUUUUGUAUGAUUUGUUGUCUUUCAUGUAAUUUAUGUCUUGUUUGCAUAAAGUAAAAAAAGUACAUAAUUGUGAA